AUGGCGCUGCGAGCGUUAGGGGUUCCUGGGAAAGGGGAUGCAAGACUUGCUAUUGUGGGCGGGGCUGGGAUUUCAAGUGGGGCAUUGGAAGUGAACGCCGAAAGCAGGAGGGAGUUCCAGGAGCGAUGCCGCGCACAUGUGCUGCAGGUGCGAGGCAUCGAGGGCGGGCGUGGUGGGCAGUCCGCGGGGAAUGUCUGGUCCGAAGCCGAGACGGAAGCGCUGUAUGCGCGUUCCCUUUCCGAGUUUGGGCGCAUCGCAGAACGGAAAGUGACGCCUGCAGCCAACACUUCUCGAAAGCGAGCUGCUCGCGAGUUUGCGGAGUUCCUCGGCAAGAAUCCUUACGGAGUGACAAUUGAGACGGCCACUCCGGCUGACGUGGGGGCUUUUAUCGUCGGAGACUGGUUGCCCAGGCAUAGCGGCAACUGCCGAACAGUUCUGCCGUCGACGGGGCAGACAGUGGCUUCUGCAUCAGCUGUGAAGGGUGUUGUUAAGGAUUUGUCAAAGACGUACACGCUGCUCGGUUUUCCCGGGCACGAGAAUCCUGCAAAGGCGGAGCCGGUGAAGUCAUUUCGAGACGGGUACGAGAGGUACCUGCACGACGAAGGUGUUAAAGUGCAGAGAGCGAAAGUGUUCUCGGAAGAGAAGCUGGACGCUCUCCUGCGUUUUUUGUCGGAGCGCCUGCAAGCAGAAACUGAAGCUCUGGAACUUUGCACGUUACUGAUGGAUCAGGCCGCCGUUUUGUACCUCUGGGAAUCGUUGGCGCGGGGGAAGGAGUGCGGAACUCUAAGCGCCGACCAGGUCGAAGGAGGGGCGACUCCUGCGGCCUAUCCUGGCUGGAGCAAAACAGUCAGACAGGAGCCCAGUGCGCGGAUCCGCCUCGCCCAGCCAGCGACGACUUCCCGGCUCACCUUCGUGGAAGCUGCGGCCCGGUUAGUGAAAGGUUUAGAGCUAAUCGGGGAGCACGCAACUGACGGUUACCUGUUCCGCGCCCAGAACCGCCAGCGAACGGGCUUUUCUCCCGGGCCGAUCUCCAGCGCGUGCUUGCGGAAACGGAUCCAGCGGCGUCUGCAACAAGCUGACCUGUUCGAGGGCGAAACCCUGCAUAGCUUUAGGAGGUCUGCGGUUCAGCAUGCCGCCGUCAAUUUGAAUUACAACGUAAAGCAGUUGAUGGAAUUAGGACGGUGGAAAAGUUACUCUGCCUUUAAAGUAUACGUGGAAGAGGUUUGGCAGCGACGCUGA